AUGAUGGAUAGUGACCAAUCAAAUAGCAACACCCACACUUCUUAUUUGUCUUUAUCCCAGUUUGAUAUGGAACUUCAACAGCAAGCACAAUUAGCAAUGCAGCAAGAAUUAGAAUCAUGGCAGAACUUUGGACAUUAUUUGUCAACCGUUAAUUAUGGACACAACAACCACUAUGCUCAACAGCAGCAUGUUUUAUUGCCUCAAAAUGGUAGUAAACAACAGCUGACCGGUGGAAAACCUUUACUGAAUGACCAGUCAGUAGCUGGGCUAGUUACUACAGCUGCUGCUACUAACUCUGUCCCAGCUAGAAGUGCUUUACACCAUCAACCUCACGAGUUGCACCUACAAACAGUUGUUACACAAAAUGCGAUCAAUAAUUAUGCGUCCAAUUCGCCUGAACACAUACCUUUCGUUGCCUCGCCAGCUAGUGACACAAUAGCUUCUACCACUCUCUCGCCCUUCGGUAGUCCAGAUUCUAUGCUUCAUCAUCAGCAGACAGCAGCAAAUUUAUCGCCACAACAUUUACAAAUAAACGAACAAAAUUCUGUUAAUAAUAAUAACCAUGGUCAAUCACUGCUCCAGCAGCAAAAUCUAACGUCUCCUUUAUUAGCAGAUAAUGCUUCUGAUACAACCCUUCAAUCACCAAAAAAUGAAUUGUUUAUGCCUUCUGCUAUCGAUUUUGCACUCCAGGCACAGUCUCAGACGAUACCUCAUGCAAAUAGUACGCAUAUGCAACCCUCCAAUCCGCUCGAUACAGUUACUCAAGCUACAGCAGCCAACAACAUCUUAAAGCAAGAGGAAGUAAUACCAAAAAAAUCCCCAAGCCUUGAUGUUGGCUUAACCACACCUCCUAUCUCGAACCCAUCGCCCGUCAUCAAUGAUGCUAUUUGCUUUUCUUCGCAUAUCGAUCCUAGCAGUAAUUCCUCUGCGGCUGCAGCUGCAGUUUUAUAUGCCAAUACCGAAUUAAAUACUAUGACGUCCGCUGAUGCCUUUAUGCCUCCACAGCAAAAAAAGACAGCCCAUAACGCUAUCGAACGACGCUACCGUAAUAAUAUCAAUGACAGAAUCGCCGAACUGAAAAACGCUGUCCCCGCUUUGCUCUACGCCAAGGUCAAAGAUCCUCGCUCUAACAAUGGUGUGGGCAAACGCUCUCAUCGCGCUGCUACUCUUAACGAUGAAGAUGAUGAUUUAGAAGAUGGUGAAGAAUAUUUAGACGGUGUUGCUGUAGCUACAAAACUCAAUAAAGCUACUAUCUUAAGAAAGGCAACGGAAUAUAUUCUUCAUUUAAAACGCACUGCUGAAGAUUUACGUCAUGAAAAUACGUUAUUGCAAGAAAUUGUAUCUCAAUUACCGGGUAGUGGCGAAGUUUUGGCUCGUUAUCGUACCGAACGGGCUCAAAGAGAAAAGGAAGCUCAAAAACGAAACAAACAAGAACGUUUGUUACAGAAACAAUUAAUACAACAACAGCGUAAAGCUAAUAGCAAUAGUCGAAAAAGAGCCCGUCAAAAUGGAGGCACUGAAAAGAGCAGUGCCAAUAAGAGAGAUAGUAGCACUGAAGCUAUACCAAGUGCAGGAGAUGUAAUGAACAAUAUGACCGCUGCCACUAAUACUAAUGUUGCCUUACAGCAACAACAGCCAUCUCAACAGAAUAAUAUGGGUGUAACUAAUCGCGUCUUCAUGGCAGUGUUCAUGGCUAUCAGCUUCUUUUCGACGUCGCCACUUUUUGCCGGCCCCACAUCAAAGGAGCAGUUUGAGAGCCACAACCAUGUGUCUCGUACUGCUGAUAAUUUAAUGCUGCCUGAAACUAACCAAAACAGCACUUUGCUCUCAGCUGUCUUUCCCAUUCAUGAUAAGUGGUCCACUAUUCGAUCUACUGUUUUCGCUAUAUGCCUUUUUCAACUAUUCUUUCCUGUUUUCCGCUUUUUUUUGGCUCACGGCUUUUUCAAAAUCAAAAAAAUUAACAAAAGGUCUUCUUCAAGGAAAUACUCCCAACAGUCAACUGCUAGCCAUUCGUCCUCUUCUUCUUUAGAUGGUAGUAUCGCCUCUCAUACUACAGCAUUAACGCCUGGCGAUCAAAAAUGCAUGCAAAUUUAUCAAAUGCUGAUCAAAUCCUUAGAAAGCGACUACAUGAGCAAGAAAAACUAUGGCAAAAUAGCCGAUGCUCUUCCUCAAAAAUAUAAAACCACUUUUGGGCUAUUCCUUGCACUUAUAAAGGAAGCAUCCCGCUUUAUCUGUCGUCAUUGGCUUGGUUACGAAGUUUUUCUUUCCAAUGAUCAAAUUGGAGAAGGGAAACGCCAAAACUCACAAGAACAAUGGAUUGAGAUCUGCAAGUGGAUAAAACUCAAUGAAGUCGAAUGUCUUGGUGGUAACCCUAACGUGAGUCGCUUAUCUAUGCUUUAUUCCUGUUUCCGUGUGCUCAAUUUAAUUGAGCUUCUGGAAGAUUUUGAAGAGGAUGAGUAUAUCGAACAAUCUCGUUCCCGCGUUUAUGCUACUACCGCUAUGCAAAUGGCCCUUAUCAUUCCUCAUCAUGGUAUCUCUGAAAAGCUUUCCCGCUAUUUCUGGCGUCUUACUAUGGAUGAGUCGGGUUUAGAAGAUGAUCCUUUAAUGCGCGUACUUCUUUUCGAUUGCCAUGAAGAUGAUGCUGAAGACCGUAUGGACGUUAUGCUUGCGUCGCGAGCUUGGAAUGAAACACUCGAAGUGAUGAAUCAGCAAAUCCAAAAAUUUGGUGAAGAGCAGUGUCCAAAGCAAAAAACGAACAAUAGAGGACAACUGUCUCUGUCAAUGACAGCUCCUGUACUGGUACCUGUUGGCAUUCUUGCCACUUUGCAUUUGUUGGAUAACCUUCAAACACAAUUUGGCCGUUUGAUUAUUUCUGUCACAGCAAAGCCUUUGACAGCCGCCAUGGUGGAAGAAGAAAAUGAGUCUGAUUUCUAUGAAACCGCCUUUUCUCAGCUCAUGGAUAUAACACGACCUGAGAGCGAUACGUUUGGUGAUUAUCAUUCUUUAGCUCAUUGGCUCGCUGCAGUAGGAGCGACAGUGGAUGCACUUUGGAAAAGUGACGUCAAAACUGCUGAACGCCUACUGCGAGAAGUUAUUCUUCAAAAGGUUCCUCGCUCAUUGGUCUCCCGUGAAAUAACGACGACAAUGAUGGGAAAUGCCAAUGAUAUUGUGGGUCAUAAAGACCGCCUGAACCAGCUAGAUGAACUGACAAAGAAGAUAAUGAUUCAUAUUUUAUUGGGUGCUACUUUACUGAAGCAGUCCUCAAAUGAAGAACGCCGUCGUGGUUUAGCUGAGCUUUGGAAAGCAGAAAAGAUCAAGGCUCAAGUCAAAAAGAUGUGGGCGUAUGACACCCAUUCAAUAAUGCAUAAUAAGCAUCAUUACAACAAUAGCUAUCACCAUUAUCAACAACAGCAUAAAGAUAAUGAGCCUGAUCUGGAGAGUUCUGUUCUAGCUCUUGCUGAAUUCGUUACUUCUGUAACUGGUCUCGAAGCAUGGAUCACAGCCUGGAGACUUGCUCCAGAACUGGCUGAAGACAGUGAAAACCUUGAAGCCUUGGAAAACGAUAUGACAGAACAAGUGCGAAAUGUCAGUUUACAUUUACGACGUAUGAUGCGUCGACACUCUUUAGACGGUUUACGUACCAACCAAGCCAUUGUCGAGCGUUUGAGUAGAUUAGGUGCUUAUGUCACAAAUCAUUCCGACGAUGAAGAGGUUGAUUCUGCUUGUGAUUGUAGUACCGAUAUUGAAGACGAGGUCGAAGCCACAAAAGCAAGAAACAGAGAAGCCAUGAACAAAAAUCUUUCUCUCUUGAGGAGAUCGGAGAAAGCGCUUGAAAUACUUCGUGGCCUUUCGUGA